AUGGGUCUUGGAGUCCAAGAAGACAAGAAGCUGGACCACGUCCCGGGAACGGUCCUGCUGAACGAUGAAGCCGCCCACUCAGAAGCCGUCACGUCGGGGCUCAAGCACGGCAGAGGCCGCGAUGCCCAUAUCGUGCUGUCGCCUCAGCCCAGCGAAGACCCCAACGAUCCCUUGAACUGGUCACUGUGGAAAAAAGAAAUCAUCAUCGCCAUCCUCUGCUUCGGGUCGAUGCUGAAUGCCGGCACCAAUGGACCUUUCCUCAACGCGUCGUACUUCGAAAUGGCCCAAGAUCUGAACACGAAUAUCACGACUGUCGUCUUGGUCUCUGGAUAUAACCUCUUGGCUGCAGGAUGUAUUGGCCCAUUCGUCUCCGCCUUCAGUCGCAAAUACGGCAAAAGACCCGUCUUCCUCGUCUCGACGCUCUUCGACAUUGUCGGCACCGCCAUCGGCGAGGCCAAGAUCUCGUACAAAUAUCUCCUCGCCGCCCGCAUCGUUCAAGGAUUUUCGACCUCCGCCUUUGAAUCCCUCAUCGUGGCCACCGUCGGCGACAUGUACUUUGUGCACCAGCGCGGGCUACGCAUCUCGAUCAUCAACUUCAUCCUCAACUCGGCCUCCAGCCUGGCGUCGGUCAUCUGCGGUCAGGUCUUCCAAAAGCUGGGCUGGCUGUGGCUGUUCCACAUGUUCCAGAUCUUCCUGGUCGUGCAGUUCGUGCUCAUGUUCCUCUUCUGCCCCGAGACGACCUACAUCCGCGACACGCGCUACAACACCGACACCGCCGUGGACGAGAAGCUCCAGGACCUGGCCGUCAUCGAGGCCACGCACAAGGAAAUGGUGGGCGAGCCGGGCCAGGGCGAACGCACCGACAUUCCCAAGAAGAAGACGUUCGUGCAGGAGCUAGCCGUCUGGACCGGGGUCUACUCGCACGACAACGUCCUGAAAUUCCUCCUCGGCCCGUUCUUGACGCUUCUCAACCCGGCCGCCUGCUAUGCCAUCAUCGCCUCUGGCGUGCUCAACAGCUGGUAUGUCGGUUCCGCGAUCAUCUUGUCCGGCAUCUUCUCCGGUCCGCCCUGGAAUUUCAAUGCCUCUCAGAUCGGUUACGUCGGAUUCGGUCCCUUCAUCGGCGGAUUGAUCGGGUCGAUCAUCACCGGCGUCACGAGCGACUAUGUGAUCAAAUGGCUGGGUCAGAAGAACAAGGGAGUCUACGAGCCCGAGUUCCGUCUUGUCUUCAUGGCCCCCGCCGGAGUCGCCUGUGGCCUCGGAAUGUUCCUGUUCGGCUAUACUCUCGCGGUGGGCUCUGCCGCCGUGCUGUGCGCGUUCCUGCAGGGCGUCAUGAUGGUGGGCGUGUUGAUCGGUAUCUUUGCGACGCUCUCGUAUGGCCUGGACUCGUUCCGAGAACAGAGCAAUGAGAUCUUUGUCAUGAACAUGCUGUUCAAGAACUUCAUGUUCUACGGCCUCUCCAACUACGCCAACAACUGGGUCGCAGACCACGGGCCCGAACAGAUCAUGUACGUGUUCGGCGGCACCUCGAUCUUCCUCUCCCUCCUGGCUAUCCCGGUGUACAUCUUCGGCAAGCGCCUGCGAAGCUGGUGGGCGCGGCACGACCUGUUCAAGACGUUGAAGAUGGAGACGCACGGCCCGGUGGGUGAGAUGGGCUAA